AUGUUCCAGCAAUUCAAGCGCAUUUCGUCUUCGUUAAGCUUCAAAGAUUUCGUCGUCAACAAUGGGCUUAACGAAGAAGAAUUAAAAAAUAUUAGUAGACAAGGGAUACAGGCGUUUAAAACGGAAUGGGAAAAUAUCCGCAAUAAAUCAGCAGAGAUAUUGACUCCAGCAAAUUUAACCCCAAGGUUAGGUGCAUUGACACCCAUAAUAUCGAGUUCACCUAUUCUUCCUAGUUUAGAUCUGACAGUCACAUCAGAACUUGCGAAAAAAUAUGAAGAAGAUUGGAAUUCGAUCCGAGCAGAAGAUGAACGAAACUUUAAGAAUGCAGCAGCGAAUCAACUGAUGAUGCAGACUCUUAAAAAGUGUGAAGACCAUUAUGAAACAUGCGAGCUUUUAAAAUCAGAAGCGAGUCAACUGCAUAAACUCAAAGAAGACAUUGAUGAUUUGACUAUUUUUGCAGUGCAAUUAAAAGGUAGACUGACCGAAUUAGAUCAGAUGAUUAUUGACUUUGCAAAAGGGAAUCAAGUGCAAGAUUUUGAGGAAUGGAAACAAUCAGAAUAUAUAUCGUUAAACCAGUAUAUGGAUAGUCGAAACGCAGAGUUUGAAAAAAAGAAAGAACUCUACCAUCAACAGCACAUAGAGUUUCUAGAAAAUUUUCAGUUACAAAAAGCUCAAGCAUAUCAAGCGGAUUUUGAAGCACAAAUGGAAAAUUAUCGAAGACAAAUGGAAAAUCAACGGUUAACGGCAGCAUUUCCAGGCGAGUAUAAUUCAGAUGAUCGGGAUGCGUUAGAAGAAUUUCUGGGAACUUUAAGCGAUACCGAAAAUGAAAAAGUUGAACCUUCGACGGUACUCAAUGAGAAGAAUCUAAACGUUACGAAUAUUCAAAAUGAUACUGAAAAGAAUUUCAUUUCACAAGAGCAACGCCAAGAUUUAUUAUAUAAUAAUUUUAACUAUAAUGGAUUGAUCAGACAAAGCAAAAAACCCAAAGAACCAACAUAA